UUAUGAUCACAUAUUGGCAUAUUGGCAGUAGCCUACAUAACAUAGCCUACCUUCAUUUUGCUUUAAACAUGAACACAAAUUUAACUUAUUUUAUUAUUUUAAUACUAUUUUUAGCAGUUUCAGCUGCAACAGAAGAUUUCAGUGAUAUGGAAGGUAAUGAUUCUGAUGUAACUGUAACUGUUUCAUACACAUUAUGGAUUGGUACAGAAAUAUUAGGAGAAAAAUCUGUAAAUGUUACAGCUCCUCAAAAUUCAUCAUUUUAUAAUGUAAUGCAGCUAGCUAUAAACUACGACCCUGCUUACGAUUUUCGAGCGAAAGACUACCCUAACAUAGGCCACUACAUUUACAGAAUAGCCGGACAUGAUGAAGAUACGAAGAACAAUAUUUACUGGAUAAUUUACAAGCUGAAAGAAAAGCCUGAUAAGUCCAACCUACCUACUAACAAAGAUCUAAGUCCAGUUGGCUGCCACCUCUCCCACUGUUUUCUAUACCGAUGUUGGCGGCACGGGUCGGCGUCGGCGUCGGCAGCUGUUUACAUUUUUCACUUGCCGUUCAAUCUGGAUGAAUCAACGGUUCGUUGAACGUUUCUUUCAACAAAAGUAGGAAGACCGUCAACUUGUUUCAUCGUUCAAUUUUAGGGCUAUUUCGCACCAACACAGUCCAGUCUAGUCCCGUCAGAUUCAGUCUAGCCCAGUCAAAUCACUACAGUCCACUGCUUUCACACCAAACGCGUCCAACUAUUGUUGAUGACAUUUUUUUUAACGUGUUUUCAGCAAAAAUAAGCAGUUUAACAACCGAACGCUUUGAAAAUGGACGAGAUUCUUAGAGUAAUAAUUUUUCGUCGAUUAGAAAGAAGAAAAAGGGGAAGGAGAAAUUUAUUUUGGAUACAUCCCAUUCGUAACAGAAAACUUGUUUUCGGAUGUUUUAGUCAUUUAGAUGAUGCCAAGAAAUUUUACAAUUUUUUUCGAAUGGGACCAGAUCUAUUUUUCUUACUAAGCAAUAUAUUAGGUGAAAGAAUUCGAAAACAAAAUACAAAUUACAGAGCUGCCAUUUCACCAGAAUAAAGAUUAGCAAUAUUUCUCAGGUAAGCAACAGAUCUUAUACGAGUACACCUCUAUCCUAACCUAACCC